AUUCAUCAAACUUAUCUUAUUCAGUGCCUUCGACUUUUAAAAGUCGAAGGCACUGAAUAAGAUAAGUUUGAUGAAUUCUGGAUAGAUUGAGCCAAUAAAAUAGUAAUAAUUUAGUGGGCCGAAUUCAGGUCUUAUGCGGACUACUCCUUUACUUAUGUGCUUAAUGUUUUAUGUAUUUAUUUAUUUCUGUAUGUAUUUUUUUUCUCUUUCUCAUUUCUUAUUUGUUGUUUCUCACUACCACUAUCAGACUGAUGUCAGAAAUCCUCUCUUUUAUUGAAUAUAUUUUUUCUGUUUUGUGUAUUGUCUAUCUCUUUUUCCGUCUAAAUUGUCAACCUUAUUACAUAGGGACAAUAAAUAAAUGUUUAUGUUCAGAGAGCCUCUUAAAAUUGAACAGCACUGAGAAACACGUGGGUAUAACACAUAUAAUAUGGUCGUAAAACUGUCUAUAACGAUCGUAACGAUCGUUUACGACAAGGAUGUCUAAAGAACGAUGAAUAUGCCUACAGACUGAAAUAUACACUUUUCUUACUCGUUUCAUAGUGCAAUUAGCGAAAAGGGAUUAAUAUAUAUUCUUUCUGGAAAUUUUGAGUCGAAAGGGUAAAUAUAGACGGAAUUAUGCGAUAUUUAUUUUGACUGUAAUAGCCAAGAAUGAUUGUAUUAAGGUUGACACUGUUUGAACUCUCAUGUAGAAAAAAAUCCAGCACCCCGAGGACGCCGAAAUUCGAUGGAUGAUGGCUGCUCUGUAAAGUCUUGGAAGUUACCUAUUUAGAAAAAAUGAGUAUUAUGAAAAACAUAUUAUCAGAUAUAAUUCCAACGUAAUUUCACAGUUUUAUUAUUUUUCCAAUGAAAAUUGAAGAUGUUAACACCAAAAGAAUUGAAAAGUUUAGCUUUUUAAUAAGCGUUGAAAAAGUUCGAACGUUAAGGAAAAACAAAAGUCAGGUAAGACAUACUAAGAAGCCAUCUUCAAUAUUCUAUAUUUACCAUUCAAUCCUUUUGUUAUUUCAUUACACAUAAACUUCCAUUUUUCGUCUUGUUCCGAUUGAUGAUCUGGAUGAUAAUGCAAAAUGGCUGUCUUCAAUGUCUUGAUUAUGUUUUCCGAACCGAGUGAAUCCAUCUGGGCUGUUUCUUGUUUCGGCGGGUGACUUUUGUAAAUGUAGGAUAAUAAAUGAUGGCUACCUAAUUCAGCUUUUUGAUCCAAUUCUUUUAAAAUGAACGCAUUUCUUCACGUAGUUGUCCUUCACUUUUUUCGUUUUCUUCUCGUCAUUUCUCGGCUUUCUUAGCACGAUAGGGUUGGAUGAAUGUUCUGCUUUCUGUAUACCAUUCAACAUUGGUCAAGAUACGUGAUAUCUUGCUUUCACGAGUUUGGAUCACAAUCGCGCACGUGCGCCCGGACAUUACUAAUCGUAUGACUAAAAAUAAGGCACAGUCUAUUGUUAAACCUGUUUGUAAAUCAAUCUAUGAGUCCUUUGAAACGUCAGUUUUUCCUGGAAUAUGGAAAAAUGGAGUGGUAAAUCCACUAUAUAAAAGUGGUAAUUCAUUAGAACGAUCUAAUUAUCGACCGCUAACUUUAGUUAAAGUUUUAUCUAAACUGCCAGAGCGCCCGGUUCACAGACAAUUAUACAGGCACUCUAUUAAGAAUAAGCUACUUUCUAAUUAUCAAUCAGCAUUCAUAGCUAAGGAUAGUACUGCUUAUUUGCUCUCAGAUGUAUUGACUAAAAGGAAUUCAGGUAUGAUAGCAAAUAAAGUAGUGCGUUGUGCGCUCUGAACCGGUGCUAGAUCACUAUCUCAGAUGAGUCGACCUUAUGGUUGUACGUUGAUAGUGAAGAAAAUGUUUUUGUUUCUGAAGUUGGCAACAGUCGUAUUACCAAGUGGAGUCCACCAUCGUAUUCUCAGCGUAUAGUCGUUGCUGGCACAGGUACAGCUGGUGUGGAUCCAAAACAAUUGAAUUAUCCAACGGCUUUAACAAUAGAUGGAAAAGGCAAUCUUUAUACUGCUGAUACAGAUAAUCAUCGAAUACAGAAAUGGUCACCACCAUAUACAAAAGGUAUAACAUUUGUUGAUAAAACUGGUGCUCCAGGUUUCAGUGCUAACAAACUCAAUCAACCAUCUAGUGUAAAAUUAGAUUCAACACAAACCUACGUCUAUAUCUGUGAUAGAGGGAACAAUCGUGUACAAAAGUUUACACUUAGUCAAUGUCCUUGA